CAUUCGUUCGUAUCACGCACUCCGUCGAGUUUCGCACUUUUUAUUUGCAUGGUUAUCUUCAAAAGCAACAAUGAAAAAAAAAUCGUCACGUAAUGCGAUAAAUGUACCAAUAUCUGUAAGUACAUUUCAUUUCCCAACUUGAGAUAUACGUCAUUCCCACUUGUACGCGGCACAAAUAUUAAUUGAUUACUCCCACCAAUUUUAAAUUAAACCAUUGAAACAAAACCAUGUUGAUAAUCUGUUGGUUUGAGUAAUGAAACGCAAGACAGAUUAUAGUGUAGUAUGAAUUUAAUUCAUCACCUCCACUGCACGUUUCUUCAGUUCGUUUAUCGUCAUUUAAUUAUAUAGUUUUCAAUAAUAACAACAAUAACAAGAUGGUGACCGAAGAAGACAUUCUAGUCAAAUUGGAAACGCCCGAAAUCAUUGAAUUAAAAGAAUUUUACAGCAAUCACAAAGACGAAUUUCCACAAAUCUACAGUUUUCUAAAGACUACUUUAAAAUGGCGAGAGACACAUCCAGAAUACAUCACCGUGUUUUCAGUUCAAGGCGAUUGGAGAAACGACGGCACAUUUAUAGCAAUUCUAACUUUUUCCUGUUAUGAUAUCAUAAUGCAUUCAUUGGAGGAUUCCUGUGAAAAAUUACGAAUUGGACUAACGCAAACAAAACAAAUUAAUUGGUACGAGUAUGAAGUCAUCUUUUAUGCAACAUACGAAAAAUUUAAACCAAUUAUUGAACAAGCAAUGAGCGAUAUAAAUGUGCAAAUAAAAUUGCAAAGGGUAACACAUUUAUGGGUGCUCCCCGAAAAGGAAGCCCUUCAACUACCAGAUACAUUUAAACAUAAUGAUUAUUAUAUGGACACAGUUAAACCGGAAGAUGCAGAAGUCAUCAACGCAGUAUGGCCGCCACGGUUUAACACCUCAUUGGAAUACAUCCGCACAUUUAUUACUAUGAACGGUGGAUUUGGUAUAUACGAGAAAGGAACGGAUAAAUUGGUCUCGUGGUUGUUAAUCAAUGUAAUGGGACAACUGGGAGUACUGCAGACGAGAGAGGGUUACUAUAAGAAUGGUUUUGGGGCAGCGUUAGCACGGAAAGCUUCCAGUAUCAUAAGUCGAAAUGGUGAUCAUCCGAUCGCUACCGUACGCGGAGGGAAUUUAGCAUCGGAAGGUUUAUUCACCAAGUUAGGCUUCAAACAAAAAUACGCGUGUAUCUAUAUUCGUUGUCAUAAAAAAACAAAGUUUUAAAUUAAGUUUACUACAUGCCUGUUAUAUACUUAGACAAUGUGUAAUUAUGUGUUGUCAUCUAUUGUAAUUUAUAUUUUACUUAGAGUUGAACUUAACGAUGACACGCAUUGUAACAAAUCUAAAAGUAAAUAAUUUGUUUAUUAAUUAAUAAUAAUAAUUUAAUUGUAAUGUA